CACCCUAGAAAACCAUUCUCCUCCCAGUCCGGACUAGGAACCACCGAGGAGUUCCUCUCAGCCACCAUAAAUUAUCAUUUCCUCUCUUCAUUCUUCUACCGCAACUGAUCAAUUCCUCCAACAGAUGGAUGAACUGUUGAAAAAUCAAUUGUUUGCAACCCAUGCGAUUGCUGCUGCUGGAUCAGUAACCCUGGGCACAGCUUUCACCUACCCUCUUGAUACCAUCAAAACACUUAUCCAGGUAGGCUCGGGCUCCCAUAAACCAUUAACUGUUUCUCAGACUUUACAUAGAGUUCAAACAUUAUCUGGAAAUUCAGGUUUGUAUAAUGGUUUUAUGUGGUUGAAUUUGGGGAGAAUUUUUAGCGUGGGAGCUCGGUUUGGAGUCUUUGAAAUUCUGUCAGCAAUUUAUAAAGAUGGCCGCAGAGAGGAUUUGUAUGUCUCUGAGGCCCUCAUGGCAGGAAUGGUUUCUGGUGCUAUGGAAUCACUCAUAAGCUCCCCAUUUGAGCUGAUUAAAACCCGUGCACAAGUGGCCUCUGCCUCUCGCAUUCCAAAUCUUACAUCAGUUACAGAAAGCAGUGCUGUUGCACCUGUGAUUGCAAAGUUACUUCCUGGAUAUAUUCAAGAUAAGACGGCAGUUAACCAUUCUGUCGGCCUUCUAUCUACCUUAACAUCCAAGCAUUCCCAUAUGGUAGGUGCCUUGCAAAAGUACCCAUGGAUGAUAACUGGUUCUGGGAAGCCACCUUCAGUUUGUGAUGUUAAGAGGCCAUUAGAUGUUGUCUCUUUGGAAGGAUGGUCUGCAUUAUGGAGAGGUCUUAGAUCUGGAGUUGUUCGAGAUUCUGUUUUUGGUGGGAUAUUCUUCUCUACAUGGCAAUUCCUGCACCAAGCAAUGCUUGACUGGAAGGCGGUUGGGAUGGAUCCUCCACCCAGAUUUGAUGAAGAAAUUGGCCCACUGGCGCCAUUAGCUGUUAGUCUUGCAGCUGGAUUUUCAGGCUCAGUUGCAGCUGCAGGAUCUCAUUGUUUCGACACUGCCAAAGUUCGAUCUCAAUGUACUGUGUUGCCAAAGUAUAUUUCCAUGGAAAGGAAGUUUCUCAAGUGGAAUAGACCUGGGAAUAGAUUUGAGAGAGUCACAGGGAUCCACCCUUCUGACAGGAAUCUAUUGUUCCGUGGGAUUUGGUUGCGGAUGGCUCGUAGUGGGCUUGCUUCUUUCAUGAUUGUGGGCGGUUAUUUCUUGACCAUUGAUCACAUAUUCUCAAGUUGAAUGUAUGGGUAGAGGUUUAUCCUCCAAAUGAAGAAAAUGAAUAGCUAAAGUCCGUUUGAACAAAAGGUGGGGAAAAGGAAGAGGAAGAGAAGAAGCCCCAAUUCUUGUUUUCCGUAGAUGGGUUGAUGAAUUUGGAAGUCAGUCAACUAUAAAUACCAUCACUAUAUGAUUCUGAACCUUCUGUUGUCCCAAUACUGUCUACAGUGUGAAUGGACUCGGGCUUUUGUGACGGUUACACUGUUAUACACUUAGACUACAUAGAAGGGUUUUUUUUCUGUUCUUUUGUUCUAUAGGGUUCACUUAAGGGUGAACCUGUGGCUUCAAUCUUCAGUGAUGGAGGGGUUAUACCAUAAAAUUUUUUCUUAUAUAAGUUUUGGCACUACUUGUACCAUGUGGAACCUCUAUUUAAUAUGAUAUAUAAUAGACAUGAAGACUUAGAAGUUGAGGUAUAUUAUACGUUAAUCUAAUUUUAUUCUAAGGUGGUUUCUUCGUUUGAGCCCACAAUGUUCUGUUGAUGAUUCUUGAUGACAUCAAUUUUCCAUGCAUAUUUCGAAAAUUCCAAGGUUGUUUCUUCGUCUAAUGUCUUACUCUUCGUAAGUCAAUGGAUCAUGCCAUUUCUCCUUAUUAUAUGUUGG